AUGGAGGAUCACAUGGGGAAGGAGGAACAAGAACAACAACAUGAGGUGGGUGCCGUUGCGGGUGGUGAAGAGGAUGAGGCUGUUUCCACCAUAACUAUGGAAAGGGUUGCUGCAGCUAAGAAAUUCAUUGAGAAUCAUUAUAGGUCUCAGAUGAAACAUAUCCAAGAACGCAAGGAAAGGCGUUCGGAGCUGCAAAAGGAGUUAGAAUCGUCUCAUGUACCAGAAGAGGAACAGAUUAAUUUACUGAAGGAUUUAGAGAGCAAGGAGACUGAGUUUAUGCGGUUGAAAAGACAUAAAAUAUGUGUUGAAGAUUUUGAUCUUUUAACCAUUAUUGGUAGGGGAGCCUUUGGUGAGGUAAGACUCUGUCGCGAGAAGAAAUCGGGUAUUAUAUAUGCGAUGAAAAAGUUGAAAAAGUCCGAAAUGCUCAGUAGGGGACAGGUUGAGCACGUUAGAGCUGAAAGGAAUGUUCUUGCAGAAGUUGUGAAUGACUUCAUUGUGAAACUUUAUUACUCAUUUCAAGAUCCUGAAUUCUUAUAUCUUAUAAUGGAAUAUUUACCUGGUGGCGAUAUAAUGACUUUAUUGAUGAGGGAAGAAACUUUGACAGAAAGUGUGGCUAGGUUUUACAUCGCCCAAACCGUUUUGGCCAUAGAGUCUAUUCAUAAACACAACUACAUUCAUCGGGAUAUAAAACCUGACAACCUUCUGUUAGACAAAUAUGGUCACAUGAAACUGUCGGAUUUCGGUCUUUGCAAACCACUUGACUGCUCAAAUAUAUCAGCUAUAAGUGAAAGUGAAAUAUUGGAUGACGAUAACUUGAAUGAUACAAUGGACGUUGAUGGAAAUUGCCCAAAUAACAGAAAUGGUAGGCGUUGGAAAAGUCCGCUCGAGCAACUUCAGCAUUGGCAAAUGAAUAGGAGGAAAUUGGCAUUUUCUACUGUUGGAACUCCAGACUAUAUCGCUCCGGAAGUGUUAUUGAAAAAGGGUUAUGGUGUGGAGUGCGACUGGUGGUCUCUUGGGGCUAUUAUGUAUGAGAUGCUUGUCGGUUAUCCUCCAUUUUACUCUGAUGAUCCUGUAACAACAUGCCGAAAGAUUGUUCACUGGAAAAAUCACUUAAAAUUUCCAGACGAGGCAAGACUGACGCCUGAAGCAAAAGAUCUGAUAUGCAAGUUGCUUUGUGGUGUUCCACAUAGGCUUGGUACCAGAGGAGCAGCUGAAAUUAAAGCUCAUCCUUGGUUCAGAGAUAUCAUAUGGAACAGGCUCUAUGGAACCGAGGCAGCAUUUAAACCGCGAGUCUUUGGGGAGCUUGACACUCAGAAUUUUAUGAAAUUCGAUGAGGUUGAACUGCCAAAGCCAACUCGAACAGGAUCCGGACCCAUCAGAAAGACCCUCUUAACUACUCAAGAUCUCAGUUUCGUUGGCUAUACAUAUAAGAAUUUUGCCGCUGUCAAGGGGAAGCGUCAUUCUAAUGAAAAGGGAAGCCUGUCACCACGGUCAUCAAUCGACUCCACACACAGUGAUUCUGCAAUAAACUAUUCCACCUGA